AUGCUCAACUUGGCGAGAAGUGUUCUGCUCAGGAGAUCGACUGCCUGUCAGCAAAGGUUUCUCUCUUCUUCUUCUUCCUCUGACAACGAUGAUCAAAACAGCAAAAAAGCAUCAACAACUGCUGAUGCAAAGACAACGGAGAAAGGUCAAAAACAAAGCGACAAAGAUGAGACAGAGAAAUCAGCCGUCAAACUCUCCUCUUCAGAAAAAUCCCCUGAAAAAUCUUCACUUUCUAAAGAAGAGGACAGUAAGUACGUGAUCGUCGGCCCCGACGGCGUCCCCUACGACCCCUCGAAAGACCCCGAGUACACGGACGACUUCUACAGCUACAAGUACCCGCAGUACUUCACCAAGCACCUCGGCCUCAAGCGCGCCCUGAAAAUCGUCAAGGAAGACCUCAGUCUGCUGAAGAAGGGCCGCAUUCACAAGACCAGGGAGGAGAUCGGAUGUCCGAAUCACGUCGACGUGGCCAUCUUUGGCGGCGGCAUCAUCGGCGCCAGCAUCGCCUACUUCCUUAAAGAGAAGGCGCCCUUCAGCCUGAAUGUGGCCGUCUUUGAACGCGAUCCGACGUACACCCGCGCCUCGACCACCCUCUCAGCGGGCGGCAUCCGCCAGCAGUGGCAGCACCCCGAGAACAUCAUGAUGUCGAUGUUCACGGCGGACUUUCUGCGCAACGCCAAGCGCCACCUCGCCAUCCUCGACAAGGGCGAGCCGCCGGACGUCUCCUUCACUCCCCAGGGCUACCUGACGCUGGCCGACGAGACGCAGGCGGAACAGCUCAUAGAGUCCCACAAGCUGCAAAUCGAAAUGGGCGCCCUCGUGGAGCUGUACACAGCGGAGCGCAUAAAGGAGAAGUUUCCCCAUGUGAACACCGACGGCGUCGUCGUCGGCUCGUACGGCGUCCAGAACGAGGGCUGGUUCGACCCGUGGGCGCUGCUGCUCGGCCUGAAGGCGAAGGCUCAGUGCCUGGGCGUGGAGUUUGUGCACGCCGACGUGCUGGACUUUAACACGCGCAAGAUGCACGGCCACUGGGACGCGGAGACGGACGAGCAGACGGAGACGGCCCACUAUGUGGUGCUGCGGGAGCCGGACGGCAAUGUGAAGCACUGCGAGUUUGCGUUGGGCGUCGUCGCCUGCGGCGCCAACUCCGGUCAGAUUGCCCGCCUCCUCGGCUACGGCAGCAGAAGGGGCGUCCGCUCGGUGGAGUUUCCCGUAGAGCCGAGAAAGCGCUACGUCUACGUCUUCAACUGCCGCGACGGGCCCGGCCUCGACUUUCCCUUCCUCAUCGACAGCACCGGUGCCUACUGCCGCCGCGAGGGCCUCGGCGGCAACUUCAUCUGCGGCCGCUCCCCGGCCCCUGAAGAGGAGCCCGACGUGGACAACCUCGACGUCGACUACAGCUACUUCGAAAGUGAGGUGCACCCGCUGCUGGCGGCCCGCGUGCCCGCCUUUGAGGCGAUCAAGCUGAAGGGCGGCUGGGCGGGCUUCUACGACUACAACCGCCUCGACCAGCACCCGAUCAUAGGCCGGGACCCCUACUACCGCAACUUCUUCUGGGCCACUGGCUUCAGCGGCCACGGGCUGCAGAUGGGCCCGGCGAUCGGGCGGGCCAUCAUGGAGCAGAUCAUCUACGACGAGUACAAAACCAUCGACCUCAGUCGGUACGACUGGCAGCGGGUGCUUAGCAAUAGGCCGCUGGCGCUGGAUAACUGUGUUUAG